AUGUGCGUAGACUUCACGGAUCUGAACAAAGCCUGCCUGAAAGACUCAUUCUUAGCACCCCGUAUUGACCAGCUCAUUGACGCAACGGUCGGGCAUGAGCUAUUAAGCUUCUUGGACGCCUACUCGGGCUAUAUCCAGAUCCUCAUAGAGGAGGAAGACCAAGAAAAGACCACUUUCAUCACUCACCGGGGGACGUACUGCUACAGGGUGGUGCCUUUCGGACUAAAAAAUGUGGGGGCGACGUAUCAGAGGUUGGUGACAAAAAUGUUCAAUGACCAGCUUGACAAAACCGUGGAUGACAUGUUGGUCAAGUCAAAAAGGAAAGAGGAUCACAUCGACCACUUGAAAGAGGCCUUCGACAUACUUAGACGAUAUGGUAUGAAAUUGAACCUCAAAAAGUGCGCCUUCGGCGUAACCUCGGGAAAGUUCCUUGGCUUCUUGGUAUCACAACGAGGCAUCGAGGUCAACCCUGACCAAAUCAUAGCUAUAGAAGGAAUACCGGAGAACCUGACCAGUAAGAAAUAG